AUGACAUCCGUGAGUUCAGGGGAAAACGAAAAUUCUGUGACAUUAUAUCUUAAAUAUAGACAGGAAUUUAAUGAUGUUUUAUCAGAUAUUAGGAAUGAUCAGAGACAAGGCGGUGAAAAUCCUGGAAGAAAAUGUAAUAAAAUUGCGCAAGGUGAUUUUAUUGAACCAUGCCAACAGAUUGGUAGAUAUUUAAUUGAAAUAAAGGAACUUUAUAAAUCUGAUCACCUCGGACGUUGUAAUUACUUGAAUUAUCGGAUAAAUUCAGAUGUAAAUUAUAGUAAGAAUCCCGGCUGGUUUGAGAAGUAUAAUAUUUUCUCUUCCCAAUUAGAUAAUAUAUGUGAGAAUUAUAUAAAAAAAAUUGAACCUGAUAUUUUAAACAAACUUAAAGAAUUAUACAGUUUAUACGAAGAUUUUAACAGUUUUAAAGUUCAAAAUUAUCAAAUCAAAGGUGGUAGUUGUGAUAAAAUUAAAGAUUGUCAUAAAUUUUAUGUUGAUAAUUACAAGGAUUGCGUAGGAAAAGAAAGAAACCCUUUUUGCAAAGAGUUAAACAAUUUUAAGAAAUCAUAUGAAAAUAAAAUGCGAGAUGUAACUGCUUGUGUUAAUGUCCACAAUUCUUACCAACUGAAAAAAGGGAUUACAUAUUUGUUUCCAUUUACUCCAAUGAAAUCGUGGUUAUAUAAUCAUUUGCAAAAAAAAAAAAUAAUGCAACUUAAAGACGUUGAAGGAAAAACGAGAGAAUCCUUACAAAACAUAUAUAAUGAAGUAAAUAGAAAUUAUUUAGAAAGUUUUCAUAACAUAGCCUAUCAACCUCAAGGAGUUAUUUAA